UACUUAUCGUGAGUUAGCGAUAGUGCAUGAUUAGGUCUAUUGUAUAAAUGUAAGGGAUGUUACCCCGUUAUUACACCCAGCAAAUUAAAUCCCGAUCAUUAUUGGACAAUAAUAAUGGCAGACUCUGCAACAAGGCUUUCCAAACUGGUGAAUCAAAGAUUUGAAGAUAAUAAUCAAAUUUCUUCAACUCCCAAGAUACAAAGAGUUCCUGUAUUUUUGCAUGAAAAUCCCAACUUCUAUAGGUAUUGCACACCCAAGAUGAUAUCAUUCGGUCCCAUUCAUCACCGGAAUGAAAAUCUGAAGCAGCAAGAACACUUGAAAAGUCAAUGGACAUGGCUUUACAUUGAAGAAUACACUAAACAAGUUAGCCUGUAUAAUGGUAAUAAGCAAGAGGCAGCAAACUAUUUGUAUGGAGUUGUAGGAGAUAACAUUGGGGAACUGAAGGAGCUGUUUGCUGAGGAUGUAGUUGAAGGGUACAGUGAUGAGGAACUGAUUUGGAUGCUGUUUGAGGAUGGAUGCUCUUUGCUCUAUUACAUGGAACACGUUGACGAUCAGUGCCCAGAAGAACUCAGGUUAAAGCUUGAUCAGCUGAUGUAUACAUGGAGAGAUAUUUUGUUGCUGGAAAACCAACUUCCGGUGAAACUGCUGCAACUGCUGAGUGCAAAGAAAGGUGCUGACUUGGAGUAUUUAAUGCUCAAUUUUCUUGGAAUGGGCGAUGGUACGCGGAGUGGAACGGAAAUGGUCAUACUCGGGCCUACAAGAAAUCAUAUACUUGAUUUUGUUCGCUCAUUCGUGGUUGAUACAGAGACCGAAGAGAAUAUCCCAAGCCAGCAAAAUGGUGGUAAUCAGAUGCCUCCUCCUCCCUCCCAAGUUUGGCAAACUUACAAGAACAUACGUGAUCUCAAAAAUUCAGGGAUCCAGGUUAAGAAGGUAAAAAACGAGAAUGAAGGAACAUGGAAGUGGCAUAAAAUCUCUUUCACCUCAAGAUGGUUUAGUGGAGAAUUGACCCUUCCUUGCUACGUCUACAACGAUGUCACGAUUUAUCUUUUUCGAAACUUCAUUGCGUAUGAGAUGUGUCCAGACUUUCGCAAUACCUUCGAAUGCUGUUCGUUCUUUUCUUUCAUGGAUUCCUUGAUAGACGAUGCCGAGGAUGUAAAGGAGCUUAGAUCAGCUGGUGUUAUCCAAAAUUUGCUUAGGAGCGACCAAGAACUGGCAGAAUUCCUUAAUGAUAUUACCCAUGAUUUGCCCACUAAAAUGUUCAAUCAGUUCCUCCCUGUCGAUGCCGCCGUCUUCAGCAAGAAAUAUAUUCAAGUCAAGUUUCAGAUUGAAAAGCAUUACUCAAAUACAUGGAAGACUUGGUUGGCUGAAGCACGCAGUACUUAUUUCAAUUCUCCCUGGUCUCUGCUUGCUGUUUUGGCUGCGUUUACAGCAUUAGUUCUCACCUUUAUUCAAACAUGGUAUGCCAUGCACCCUAACAAUUAGUUCUAGUAUUAUUUGAACCUUUAAAUAAUAAAUGUCUGUGCGUGUGGCCUAUCAGCAUCAUGCUUUUUCUAUCUAAAUUUCUUAAAAGAAGAAUGGUGUUUCCUAUUUUGUCUAUGUGUUGUAAUGCAUUUGAUGAUUAUUUUAAUUUGACUACUUUUAU